UCUAUCUCUCUCUCUCUCACUCUCUCUCUGGCAGAGUACUACGAGGCGGAGACAAUGACAAACACGUCACAGAAACACAAGAACUUUGUGGGGGAGCCGAUGAAAGAGAAAUCAGUGAAGGAAUUGGCGGGGAUUGGCAUUGUGCUGGGGGGGAGACUCGAGGAGAAAGGUUUCCUGAAGGCAAAGGACGUACUGGGUCAGUUCUUGCUCCUCAAGCAAGACCGUGACAGUUUUAAGAAUUGGCUGCAUCAGGUCUGCUUUGCAAGGAACAAGCAGUCAGAGGAUUGUUACCGCUGUCUGCGAGAGUGGUGUGACUCCUUCAUAUAG